AUGAAGAAAAUUAAAUCAUUCAUUUUAGAUGUAUCACAAAUUCAAGGUUUCAAGAAAUAUGCUAAAGCUUCCUCUAUUAAGGAUAGGUUUCAUAAUCUAGUUAAAGAAUUUGAGGCUGUGAUGACUGAUUUACAUUUUUCUUUGGCUGUUGCAAAUGAAGAGCAAAGAAGGCUUGACCAAGAAAGUCUUAAUGAUGAUAUUGAACAAAUGAAACAUGCAUUUCUUCAAGAAGUAAAAAUUAUGAAAGAUAAAAUAGAUCAAUUCACUGAACAAAAACGACCUGAUUUGCCAAUAUACGAAACGUUGAAAGCAACAACUAUUGAUACAAGCGAAAUUAAAGACCCUUUAAUCGUAAAUAAUAAUAAUCGUCGUGGUAAAAAAGAACCUUUUAUUUAUAAGAAAUAUUACAAAACUAUGGACGUUGCUUGCAUACCAAGGUCAAUUCCCGAAGAUGAAACUCAUCAAGCAAAAAAAAUACAAGCUCAAUUAGCCAUACUUGGGAAAUUAAAAGAUUCCCCUAAUAUAUUGAAAUUUUUCGGGAUCUCUCAUCUUGAAAAUCAAAUGGUGAUGGUAGUAGAAUGGGCGGAAUUGGGAAGUUUAAGGGAAGUAUAUAAUAGGUGUGAUAUCGCUUGGCCGGCAAAGGUUCAGAUUGCACUAGAUAUUUGUCGUGGAAUAACAUUUUUGCACACGUGUGCAAUUCUUCAUCAUGACAUUCGAUGUGCAAACAUAAUGAUGACAUUACGGUUGGAACCAAAAAUUACAGGGUUUGAGUACGCUCGUUUAACAAAUUCGGCCACGACAAGCAUGUCCGAAUUAACAGAUGUUGUUCAUUGGUUAGCCCCUGAAAAAUUAAAAUUCGCUAAAGAACAGCCGUAUAAUACUAAAUGUGAAAUCUUCAGGGAAAAACUUAGAUUUGGUAGAGAUAAACCUGAGAUUGAAGAGCUACAGCAAGAAUAUAAGAAAAUAAUAGUGGCUGCUUGGCAAGAGGAUCCACAAAUAAGAGCAUCACUUCAAUUUUUAUUUCUGGAAUUAAAUAGGUUGGCUCAUAAAUAUUAUGAUCCUAGGAAUACUUCACCAACUCUUAAACCAGAUAAAUCAAUAGAUCUUGAUGGGACAUUACAUCAAGUAUCGGUAAGUGAUAGUAAAGAAGAGGACCUACCAGACUUUGGGGAUGAAUUUUGUCUCGAUUCAUUAGAAUCAUUACCAGAAAUUCGUUCGUUAGAAGAGGGCAUUUCAGCACAUAAAAAGAAGGAAACCAAAAAGGCGUGGGAGAUAUUUUGUGAACAUGCAAACUUGGGAAAUACAAGGGCAAAAUAUUGGAAAGGGUAUUAUUUAUGGGAAGGUUAUGCGGGUGAAAGGGAUCGUAAACAGGCUUCCAAGUUAUUUAAAGAUGCUGCCGAUGAUGGAUUGGCUGAUGCCCAAUUGCGUUAUGCUUUUAGUUUAGUUGGUAAUCAAGGCUCUAAAUUUGAUAGAAAACUUUUUAUCGAAUAUUUAACUAAAGCUGCUGAUAAUAAUAAUUCUACUGCUCAAUUUAACCUUGGUGACUUAUAUUUAAAUGGUAAACUUGGUAUACAAAGGAAUAUUGACUUAGGUAAAAAAUAUUUAAGAUUAGCUGCUUUAACAAAUCAACCUAAAGCCAUCGAAAUUUUACAAAAAUUGGGUAUAAAUAUCUAUAACGAUAACAAGAGUGAAGAUUCUUUUAUGCGAGAUGAGUUGUUUAGUCCUAAGUGA